GCGGCAGGGGUCCUGGGGGUCGUUAUGGUCCUGGUUCUGGUCAUCCUCAUUCCAGUUCUGGUCAACUCAGCGGGGACAGCGGCGCACUACGAGAUGCUGGGUACCUGUAGGAUGGUGUGCGACCCUUACGGGACCAAAUCUCCCACCAGCACCGCCACGGCGGACACGGUCCGGGACAACAGCCUCGUGCAGUCCUUGCCCACCUUUAUCCAAGGUCCGAAAGGGGAGCCGGGUCGUCCAGGUAAGGUGGGUCCGAGAGGACCUCCCGGUGAGCCGGGACCUCCCGGUCCAGCGGGGCCCCCUGGAGAGAAAGGAGAGCCCGGCAGAUCUGGCUUACCGGGACCUCCGGGACCAAACGCAGCUGCCGGCGCCAUCAGCGCGGCCACCUACAGCACCGUGCCCAAGAUCGCCUUUUACGCAGGGCUGAAGAAGCAGCACGAGGGCUACGAGGUGCUCAAGUUCGACGACGUUGUGACCAAUCUGGGAAACCACUACGAUCCCACGACCGGGAAGUUCACAUGCUCCAUCCCCGGGAUUUAUUUCUUCACGUACCACGUUCUGAUGCGCGGAGGGGACGGCACGAGCAUGUGGGCAGAUCUGUGCAAAAACAACCAGGUGCGUGCCAGUGCCAUUGCCCAGGAUGCGGACCAGAACUACGAUUACGCCAGUAACAGCGCCGUGCUGCAUCUGGAGCCAGGAGACGAGGUCUACAUUAAACUAGACGGAGGCAAAGCUCACGGAGGGAACAACAACAAGUACAGCACCUUCUCUGGAUUCAUCAUCUACGCUGACUAG